AUUUUGUGAAGCUUUCUGUAAAAAGAAUUAUUUAUAGUUCUUUGUACAGUAUAAUUCUGCUUAUUUUACCUUUCUUGAGUUUUAUAGAUUAGAAUAUAUAUUAUGGGUCACAAAGGCACUUCAAUCAGUAGAUGGCAAAAUGAAGUCUUAUUUUACAGUUCUAUUUGUUCUUAUUUUGAUAUCAUGCCUUCAUCUUUGUGUAGCACUAAGAUGUCAGGCAAUUAAUCAACAAACUAAUCGAUUUGAAAAAAUCUUAAAAAACUGUAAAAAACGAAAUUUAGGACAUAUUAAUUAUGGUACUGAUUCUUCUUUAAAUGAAAAUAAUGAAUCAGAAGAUUCUUCUGACUCAAAUGAAAAUAGUUUUGAUAACAAGUUUCUUAUAAAAAAUAAUAGUAGAUAUUAUACUAAUAAUUUUUUAAAUGAGCAAAAUAAUAGAAACAAUAGAGCUGGUCAAUUUACAAGAAAUGAUAAUCCACUGUCUUUUGGUUCUAAUAAUGCCAAUGAUAGAUUGAAAAAUGUAGAAGAUUACUAUGAUACAAAUAAUUGGGGAAUGACAAAUUCUAACUGGGAAAAUAUGAAAAAUGCUGGAAGUAAUCACAAUUAUCAAGAGAAUCACAACCAAAAACAAAAUGACUCUUGUGUUAUUCAAUGUUUUUUCAACGAAUUAAAUGUCGUUGAUCAAAGAGGCUUUCCAAUACGAGAAUCUAUGAUACGAGUAAUGACAGAAAAAAUCCAGGAUCCAGAAUUACGUGAUUUUAUAGAAGAAUCUAUUAUAAAAUGUUUCUAUUUUCUUAAUUCUGCGAAUAGAAUGGAAAAAUGUGAAUAUUCACAAAAUCUAAUUACCUGUUUAAUAGGAAAGGGCAAAGAACAAUGUGAAGAUUGGAACGUAUAAUUGAUUUUCACCAUGUUUAGAUUUUAGAAUUUGCACCAAUUUCUUCAGUAUAAAAUAUUGCAAUAAUUAUUAAAAUUAAGAAGAAUGAUAAACAUAUUUUGUGGAAGUUAUAAUGUAA